AUGCUAGCGGCUCUGUCUACCACGGGACUGUGCGGACAGCUCAAGGUCGUGGACCUGCGGCUGACGUGCUGCGUGGACGCUGCGCGAACGCUGCGUGCCGUGCAGGCGCGCGGGUGCGCUGCGGGGCCGGCGCUGCCCACACUCGAGAAGCUGUCUGUCCAGCUGAUUCAGCCCCGAAAGCAGGACCUUGCGGCCGUGCGUCUCCUGGCGCUCGCGGCGCCGUCGCUCCUGACGCUGCGGCUCGAUGCACGCGAAGCAGACCCCGGGUGCGGCCCCAUGAACGUCGAGGGCCUGACGUCGCUCCGCAGCGUGGCUGUCUCGGGUCCGGUCGCCGUGGACGUCGGUGCAGAACCGAUGCCGCGGCUUGUCUCGCUCCGCUUCGACCGCCUGCCGUCCGACAACACCAUCGCCGCGCGAAUCAACGGGAGGAUUCUGACCGCCCUGCACCAUCUCGAUGCGCGUUGCUUGGUGUCGCCGUUCCAGUCUGUGGACGCCACGCGGCUCCUGCCGGGGCUGUCGACGCUGACCGGACUUACGUCGCUCUCGACGGUGCUGUCCGACGCCUCCGCCGUGGAAGGCCUCACAGGUCUGGAGCGGCUGUCGGCCUCGGCUGCUCCAGGAGGGGACCUCUCGGGCGUCAGGUGUCUGUCGAGGCUCUCCGCCAUGGUCAGCCUGACGCUGUCGUCGUCACGCACGUCUCUCGCCGCAAGGGACGUUGCCGGGCUCCCUGACACGCUGACCAAGCUGCGCGAGCUCACUCUUUGGUGCUCGCUGUCGCCGGGGGCGCUUGCGGCCCUGUCAAAGGCAACGCAGCUAACCGCCCUCAGCAUCGACGCAAGCGCGCGCCAGCAGACCGGCGGGGCCGCGCACGACGCAGACCACCCCGAGUCCGUGGGUCGCGGGUGGGACUGGCUGUCGCGGCUCGCAGGGCUCCAGGUGCUCGAAAUACACUCCCCCGCUGACCUCGGGGACGACGGGGGGGGUCUUGGGGAACUCCCCUCCCUCCGGGAGCUCCGGCUGCGCGGUGGAGCGCUGCGCUCGGCGCAUGUGCGCGCUGCGGGGAGCUGCCGGCGCCUGCGACGGCUCCAUAUUGGACCAAUGACCCUCGAAGACAUGGAUCCCCUCGUGAUGCUGCUCGCGCCAGGCUCUUUCGCAAAGCUGCGGGAGCUAGAGCUGUGCGGUCUGCGAGGUCUGGGGCGAACAGGGGCGGGGCUGGUGCAGAGGCUGUCCCGCGGGACGCGCUCGGUGAAGGACCAGGUGAUCGUGGGCUGGGUGCUGCGAAAGCUGUCGAGUGCAGGGGUCGCAGUGACGACAAAAGGCCUAAAGUUUUAG